AUGACGGCAGCUACAGGACCUUCAUCUCCCGAUCGCAAUGGGAGCAACAACAAUGACAACAACAAUCCCAGUUCUCCCGUCAAAAUCCAGGACGAUGAAAAGACCAUUGGGGAAUCCGUCAAUACGGGUGGUUCGGGGAGCAGUCAAUUGUCGGAUCCGCUCACCAAAUCCAGAAAUGAAUUGGAAAUGUUGCAGGAAGAGAUUCGCUUCUCGGAAGAGCUUUUGAAUGAUGGUAAGGACAAUAAGAAGACUGCUACUGCCACUGCCACUGCCAAGACGCCACCAGGAUCUCCGGAUCGAGCUUCCGCCACCAUUGCAGAAGAAGCUUCCCCAUCUAGUGCCACGCCUCCAAAAGAAAAAGAGGAGGCUGCUGCCCAAACUCCGGUGCGACAUCACCGAGGUCCUCUUGCGAUUGAUCAUGCGGGCAACAUUCUAGAACAGGGCGAGGAGAUUGAAGUUGAGCAUGAUUCGGACGCUCCUGCAAAGGAUCCUCUUGUACCCCCUGCCGAAAAGGCUCCUUCUUCUCCUCCAACCCCCAAGGCAGCCAAUUCUCCAGCUCGGAGCACUGCUAGUUCGGGAAGUGCUGUUUGGUUUUCGGGGAUUGGAACCAAUGACAACAAGAAGGAACAAGUUGAGGAACAAGAAAUGUCCAAGGGAGAAUCUACCAAAAACCCAGCGACUCUCAACUCGUUCGUGUCCACUCGCUCGGAAUUUGACGAUGAGCUCAAUACCACCAUGCCCGAAACGCCCACCAAGAGUGUAGAUGGACGUAAUACUCAAGAACGACCUGCCAAACUGACCAAGAAAAUGAAAUUGGAUCCAUCCGCUCCAGAUCCUUUGGAACGCAUGACCAACAACCACCUUUCGGCCCUCUUUGCUUGCUUGGUGAUUGCCGUUUUGGGAGUUAUCAUGUUUUUGGUCUAUGUCCUGACCCAACCCGAAAUCAUUCCACCCACCUCUGCUCCUACCUUGUCGUUUAUGCCCUCGGACCUUCCGAGCAGUGCUCCUACCGAUUGGGUGCCCUCGGCUACCCCCACUGCUACGCCAACGAUUGAGACGAUGAGUCCCAGUGACGUCCCAUCGUCCAGCCCCAGUGAGUCGCCUUCGCGGGCACCCUCGGCAUCCCCUUCCAUGGCUCCCUCUACCAUUCCCAGUAGCAAUCCUACCGAACGGGACCCGGCCGAAGAUCUUUCGUUCUUGAUUGGGACCAUUUCGCAAAACCUCAAGGAUCGGAUUCAAAAUGACGUUGGCUCGAAACAACGAGAGGCCUUUGAAUGGUUGAUUCGGGAUCCGGAAUUUUAUGCCUAUGACGAACGCAAGCUCAUUCAACGCUACGUCUUGGCCUUGUUCUCCUUGGAAAUAAGGGUUCCCAGUCCUGGCCGUAAGCUUCGAGGCGGUGAGCGCAACCUCAAUUGGAAUGCAUUGGAGACUUGGAUGCAGUACACGGACGAGUGUACUUGGUUCACUUCCUAUUACUUGGAUCGUGUGGGAUGCGAUCGUACGGGUACUUGGAAACGUUUGGUGUUGUAUAAUCUGGAUUUACAAGGUACCAUUCCAUCCGAACUAGCCUUGCUCACACGCAUGGAAACUUUGAUUUUGGCCAAUCAUACCAUUGGGGGUACCAUUCCUCCGGAGUUGUCCCGUCUUCCGUUGCUCGAGCAAAUUGACCUGUCUGGAAACCAAAUAGUGGGAAGGAUUCCUACUGAAUUUGGUGACUUGGACCGCUUGCAAGAGCUCUAUUUGCACCACAACCAAAUUGGAAAUAUCAUUCCUGCUGAAUUUGGAAGGUUGACGGCUCUACGACAAUUGGACGCGUCUGACAAUGGAAUUAUUGGAAGACUUCCCUUUGCACUGGGCCAAAUGACGGCACUGGAGGAGCUGAAUUUGUCCAACAACCGCAUUGGAAACUCUAUUCCGACCGAAGUGGGUCAAAUGCGGGCACUCCGGCGCCUAGACUUGUCCAGAAAUGGAUUACUCGGAAAUAUUCCGUUCCAGUUGGGUCUCUAUAACCUCAGAUACAUUGAUCUAUCGAGCAACCAAUUGGUUGGAACUCUUCCCUCUCGUUUGGGCGGGUUGCGCGAUUUGCUCUAUUUGGAUGUCAGCAGAAAUCCCUUGAGUGGCCCCUUUCCAGCGGAAGUCUGCAGCUUGAUUCGGCCCUACUUUUGGAAUGCUACUUCUGGUCAAUCCGAGACCAUUUCCAUGUUCAAGGCCAGCUGUGCGACUAUUGGAUGUUCCUGCUGCACUGAUUGCGUCUACUAA